AUGCGUACACUGUCGAUCGUCCACGCGAUCGCAGCCUUCGUCUCGUGCACAGCUGCCCAGACCUUCCAGCGUCUGGGCGGGUGUCCGGACCUUGGCUGCGUGUUCCCCCCGGACCAAGCCGACUUCCUUGCCGGCCAAUAUUUCGAUAUUCGUCUCGAGGUUCACUCUCCCAUCAAUGGCUCCGAGGCCCGUGUUGGGGAGCCUGACCCCAACUUUACGUUCACCAUCACUAAGAAGCGUGGUAAGCCCAUCGCGGCUACAAAAUUCUUCAAAGUCGAUGAGCCCAAGCUGGAGCGAUGGGACUUCAGCUGGUAUGAAGAUCGUUUCGCCGAGGAUGCUGAUACUCCCUCUAUCGUUAACGUUACCUCCAAGAUCUACCGGCGGGUAGCCCUGAAGGAGCCGGGAGAGUACGAAGCCACCCUCAAUUAUUAUGGUAGUCAAAAGACGGUGGCCAACUGGCUCGUUCGUGAUCUGCCGACCAAGCGACGUGCUAAGAACGUCAUCCUGUUCAUCGGAGAUGGCAUGACCACAAACAUGAUCACCGCUGCACGUCUGAUUGCUCACAAGAGCAUCAACGGCAAGUACAUGACCAAGAUGGCUCUGGACAAGUUCCCCGUGCUAGGCCACCAGAUGACCCACUCUAUGGACUCAUUCAUCACCGACUCGGCAAACUCCGCGACUGCCCUCUACUCCGGUCACAAAACCACCGUCAACGCGUUAAACGUGUAUGUGGACUCCUCUGAGGAUCCUUUUGAUGACCCCAAGUUUGAGACCAUCGCGGAGAUCUUUCGGCGUCACCACCCUCAUGCCGGGAUUGGUAUUGUUUCGACUGCCUUCCUGGCUGAUGCCACCCCGGCAGCGUUGACGUCCCACACAAGUGACCGUGGAGAGUAUGACCAUGUGAUCAGCACCUAUUACGAGGGCCUGACCAACUACACCUGGACGGAGUGGAAUGGUCCCGACGUGCUCCUCGGAGCGGGCGCAGAGAACUUCCUCAAGAGUGAGGACGCCAAGCGUGAUUACUACGAUCUGUUCGCCCAGAAUGAUUACAGUGUGGCCUGGAACAAAACCGCGCUGCAAAAUGCCCCGAACGACCAGAAGCUGCUGGGUGUCUUCCAGACGUCUAACCUCGCGACUUGGCUGGACCGCAACGUCUACCAGGCCAACCUCCUCAAUAAGACCAACUACCCUGAUGGCUCUGGUCGCGACGCAGAUGACCUUCCCGGGCUCAAGGAGAUGACACUUAAGGCCAUUGACGUUCUUCACGAGCGACACAGUGAUGAUGGCUGGUUUAUCAUGUCCGAGGCUGCCAGUGUCGACAAGCAGAUGCAUACGCUUGACUACGACCGGGCUCUUGGUGAGCUGCUCGAGCUCGACGACACUGUUCGUGCCACCAUUGAAAAGCUCAAGCACCUAGGCGAGCUGGAGGACACACUCGUCAUCGUCACUGCCGAUCAUGGCCACGGUUUCGAUGUCACCGGCUCCGUUGACACCAAAUACCUAGAAGCGCAGGACGACGACCGCCACAAACGCAGCGCAGUCGGCUACUACGAGAGCUCCGGCCUGUCGCAGUACACCACGGGAGGUCCCAACUCCCUGCGCUACUCAGAGGGUGUUCAUUUCCCCACUCGCUGGGACCCGCGAUACACCCUGCACUCGGGCGUGGUUGCGUUCCCCGACCACCACGAGAAUUAUCAAGUGCACAAGGACGGCCCGCGCACGCCUGCUUUGGCGGCCCAGGGCGAUAAGAACAACUACUAUGCCAGCUAUAAGGAUGCUGUUAGCGGCAUCCUGAUAAAUGGAACCUUGCCUGUCGAUGCGGCCCAAGGUGUCCACUCCUUGACGGAUGUGCCGGUGUUCGCGCAAGGUCCGUGCCAGGAGCUUUUCGGAGGAGUUUACAGCUCCAUCGAUAUUUUCUUCAAUAUCGCGGAGUGCUUGGGAUUGUCGGAAGGAAAGUGA